GACCGAAAGAAAGAAAUUUUUUUCAAUUAGAGGAUUGAAACCAAAUAUUGGUGAGCCAAGUAGUCCCGUAGAAAAGACACGCGUAAGCCGCCAAGCGGGUUUGAAGUGGCGUGUAAUUAGUCUCAACGACGCCGUUAUCGUCCAACUGCUUUCAAAUCAAGUCUCUUCUGCGCUCUGCUGACUCUCAUUCAGAUUCAUCUCCGCAAUUACACACACACACAUCUAAUGGCCGCUGCUUUCCACCAAGCUAUAUGUGGCAAUCAGUUGCACGGAUACAAUGACAGUUUGUCUUCUUGUGAUGAAUUAAGAAACUUCGCAAUGAUGCCUCGUUUUUCUUGUUUUGGUACAAGUAAGAUACCGUUGAACAAAGCAAAGUGCAUGUAUAACCAUUCAAAAGUGUUUGUAGUACGCGCAUCAGUUUCAGAUUCUAUAGUAUCCUCUCUGGACAGUAGCGAUCACGAUUCUUGGAAAAUGACAGAUGAAUCUGCAUUGAUAUUACUUAGACAUGGGGAAUCAAUGUGGAAUGAGAAGAAUCUGUUUACCGGUUGUGUUGAUGUACCAUUGACUAAUAAAGGCGUAGAAGAAGCAAUUGAAGCUGGUAAGAGAAUUAGAAACAUACCUAUCGACCUCAUAUACACAUCAGCUUUGGUCCGGUCGCAGAUGACCGCUAUGCUUGCCCUCACCCAACAUUGCUGUGAGAAGGUGCCUAUAUUUAUGCAUAAUGAGACUGAACAAGCAACGUUAUGGAGCCAAAUAUAUAGUGAAGACACAAAGCGACAAUCAAUUCCAGUUAUCAAAGCAUGGCAACUGAAUGAAAGAAUGUAUGGGGACUUGCAGGGUCUUAAUAAGCAGCAGACAGCUGAAAGAUUUGGGAAAGAGCAAGUCUACAAGUGGCGAAGAAGUUACUAUGUUCGUCCACCAAAUGGAGAGAGCUUGGAAAUGUGUUUGGAGAGGGCUGUUUCUUAUUUCAAAGAGCAGAUUGAGCCACAACUUCUUGCUGGAAGGCAUUUAAUGGUCGUUGCUCAUGCCAAUUCACUAAGGUCUAUUAUAAUGUAUCUUGACAAAUUAACACCUCAAGAGGUAAUUAAUUUAGAACUCUCAACUGGGGUACCAAUGCUGUACAUAUAUAAAAACGGAGAAUUUACCAGAAGAGGAAGUCCUGCAGCACCUGCUGAGGCUAGUGUUUACUCUUAUACAUGGAAUUUGGCUCUUUACAGGCAGAUGUUUGACCAAAUGUCACCAUGAAUUUUUGAAAUGAGGUCUGAUUUGUUUACCUGCCUAAAAGUGGAGGAUCCAGGAAUUUUACCAAGGACUGCUGUGGCGUUGUACAUUGUGUAUUAUUCAACCAGCACACAAGAGAUCAAGAUAUAUGUAACAUUAUUCAACCAGCACACAAGAGAUCAAGAUAUAUGUAGCAUUCGAACAACAUGUUUGUUAAAUAGUUGAAACUAUUACUUGCAACUCUACAGAUUUGAUAUUCUGAUAUUUUUGAAUUUCAUUUUGUCUAGAUAGUUUAUAAAAUGUCUUGCUGAGCUUAUCAUUCAUCUAA